GCUUUCAGUAAUCUCAAGGCUACCUCCUCAUUCGCAGAUGGACUGUGGUAACGGCUUCAUGAUAAAUUUGGAACAUUCUUCAGAAAAUCCUCUUGUUUGUUCAGUGUGCUCAGGUCGUGAAGUGUUUGGUAUAUUACCUGCUUGUCUGCAUGUAGUAUGUGUAACAUGUGCAGAAUAUAUGCGUAAGGAUGAUGUAUACCGUUGCAUUUUAUGCAAAGAAACAAGCCAAAAGAUUAUCAGUAAUCCUAACAUUUGUAAUUCCGAAAACACCAAUAAGUCACCCACAUGCAAUUGGUGCCAUGACAAUGGAGAACAGACGAAAUCAAUCGGACAUUGCGAAGAUUGUGACAUAUGGUUAUGUGGAGAAUGCCUAAAGGGUCAUAACAGAAUGCCUCCAUUACGUAACCAUAACAUUACACUGCUUUCAAAAAGCGAACAUCUAGGCUCACUACGAUGUGAAGCACACCCGAACGAAGCACUAGAAUGCUUCUGUGAGGCUUGUGGAGUAUUAACUUGUCGUGACUGUCAGCUAUCAGUUCACAGAGAUCAUGGAAGCCAUCGGUGGGUUGGAGAAAAAGCUGUCCAACUGAAGGCUCCUUUAGAAGAGGGCAUUCAAAACCUCAAAGAAUCAGGAAAAAAACUAUCUUCUGCCUUACUUUGUGCUACUAGCGCUCGCACUUGCAUGGAGGACAGCUUCAUAUUCAGUGUGGAAAAAGCUCGUCAAGAUAUCAAGUCACGGACGUCUUCCCUCAUUGAUUGCAUUCAAAAUCGUUCUGAAUGCCUCUUGAAUGAACUUGACAAAAAGGCAGAUACAUAUAUUGGUCGACUGCAGGAGACGGAGAAUUUGAUACGUAAGCUCCAGGAACAGAUAAAUUUUGCGUCGGCAUUUUCCAGUCAUCUCAUUCAAAAUGUAGACAAUGAUCCUGCUAGCUUAGUGCAAUUGUAUGAAACUGUCAAACUUCGACUUGAUUUGCUUCAAAUACUGUCUGAACAAGUUUUGAGUGAUUCUCCGUCCGUAAUUGAUUCAUUGGAUCAAAAACUGAAAGAUCGAGUUAAAGAGUCCAGUUUAUGGUCUGAAAGUGUUAUUGGCUGGCAUACUAUGGUCAAUACACGAGCAUUGUUUCUUGGCACCUGGGAUGCUGAGGAAUUAUGCCGAUAUUCUGGAACGAUAGCAUGGUUACCCAAACAAGCUAAAAAUACCUUUUCUCUCAAGGACAAUAAUCAAACAUUUAGCAGUCAGGUAGUUGUAAAGACAGAAAAUGGAUUAUCGAAAAAUAAUGACUUUGCAAGUAAUCAACUGUCUGCUGAUACGAAUGAUUUUCUGGAUUCUCUAGCAGAAUUGGAUGGUGAUAAAUGGACAUGUGGAGAAGCUAAUGGUGAAUCUAAUUCUUCUCCAGUAGGAUGUGCUAUCUGUUUUGGAGUUGGACUACUCGCACACUGUGGGCGUUGUAACCGGGCAUAUCACUUGGAUUGUCAUUUGCCUCGGAUAAACAGUAUUUCAUUAACACCUAGUUGGGUUUGUGGUCUAUGCGCCGACGAUGAGGUUGAUUCAGCUGUUCAUGUUGAGCAGGCAGUAAAUGGAAGGUUUUCUCGCAGUGAUUAUCUAGUAAGUGUGGCGCAUAUAUAUCUGGUGCCCCCUCGUACCAAUAUUUGUGUUCAAAUAAAUAAAUAGUAAGUCGGAGAUAUGCGGAAGAGCUUUGUUUUCACCUUUCAUUAAAUCGAAGAAAAAGAUAUUCGUCCAACGGAUACUUUGCGAGAGCACAAUUGUUUUAACAAUAUUUAAUAUAAAUGCUCAAAUUCCUUUCAUUCCUUUUAAGCUUUAUUUAUGAUAUGCACAUAUUAUAUGCUCUAAUUAGAAUUUAAUAGUUCCAUAUAAUAAGCCAUAAAGGAAAAACACUUUCGUAGCCUAGCUUUUCUCAAAAGGCCAGUUGUCACUAAUAAUGAAUGUUUUCGUCAGUGACGAGACAUCGUUUAUAGUAGUAAACAUAACAUAUAGGUUUAUCAGUCAGUUAACUAUAAAUAACGUAAAAAAUGCUUCAGUUCAAGUUUUUACAACGUAUAAACACAGUGAGAUAAAAUUACCAAUAUGAACACCAAAAUAGGAUAAGUAUUGGUAGUAUCGGUGGAAGGAAAGAAUAAUCUUAUACAAUGUGAUUCGAGAAGGAAUGAAUUCGUGAGAUAAAAUGCACAGAGUGAUUUCAAACUCAGGGUCUAAGAGGAAAAAAAAGAGUGAGUACGUCUGCACCACUGACCGAUUCUAGGCCAUAUCACCGAACGUUUCAAACCACCAGUUACGAUAACCUCACAGACCCCAACCACAUAUUUUGAUCAGCCUAGCUUUCAGUGACUUCAUGGAAUAAUAUAACAUCUUGAUAUGGUCAUUCCUAGCUGCCUUCCAACAUAUUCCUGUACUAGUAAAAAUCGAAAGUAAUUGUAAAAGGUAGUUGGGCAUACAUGGUAUAUGUUCCAACCAUCCCAGUCAAUGACAGUUCACAAUCUCACUAACCGAUUUGCUAUUUUUAUUGUGAGUCUAACUUCAGUAUUGCUCACUAAGUGGUCCAAACAUACACGAGAAGUGCUUCAAAGUCAUCUGUGUUUAAGUACUGCUAAUAUCAACUUCUUUUAAGGACCAUGUUUCAUAGGCAAGUUCCUAUCACGAAUAUAACCUGAACCGUUUCGUUCACCAGUUACUAACAUUACAUUCGAAGGUUAAUGGAUCUGUACGAAGUUAUUAUCUUACAUUUGAUGAAUGAGUUUCUUGUCUACCCUGGCUUCAUACUUAAUAGUAGUUUACCAAAAAACCAUUAGAUAAAUCCGUCCCAAGAUGUUUACAGUCUAUCACUCAUUGAUAAGAGCUAAUGAUAAGACAUCUAUACAUUCAACAAUUUGAGUCGGCAGUUAGAAUCAGUUGAAUACCACUGCAAAUGUUUGUAAAUCAAGGCAAUUUUGUAUUGUUUUUAAUCAUAGUAUUUCAUUUCUUAAAUGUUCGUGUUUCUCAUUUGAAAAUCACUUUGAUUGUUGAUGUUGCUUAAUCAACAUUUGGUCAGAUUAGUAUUUUUGGAAAUUAUCGUUUCACUUUAUAGGCAGGGUGUCGAAUUUUAAUGGGUUUGCUAGUUCACGAAGAAGCUGUUCAUUUUACUGCAUCGGUUUGUCCAGCAUGUUCGGUUCCCCUUCUAUCUACUAGUCAAUCCAUGCCUCAUUGUCCUGAAGGUCAUCUUUAUCAUCGUCUUGCAGAACUUCGGUUAUACUUAGAAGAAGCAGCUUCCACUCCAAAUGGUCGUUCAGAUACAUAUUCCAAUCCUUAUUCAGACAGUAAUCAAUGUCAUUUCACUUGCCUCAGUGAUUGGCUCAUAGAGGUAGAUAAAUUUUGGUCAGACGCUGCUAAAGAAACUAAUAUUCGUGGCUCCACUAAGGGGUGUCUACAAGCAGCACGUCGGCUUCGAUCUCGUCUAAACUCACUUGUUCGUGAACAUCGACCGGACUGUGAAGCUAUUUUAUCGGGCAAAACAAUAGCUAAUGAUUUGAUCAGUGAACCACUUAGUAAUAAUCCAUCUGUUGUAGAUAACUAUGUACCAGAGUCGUAUGUAUUGAAUACAUCUCCCGUUCCUGUGAAAAACGAAGUUGAUGAAUAAUAGUUCAGGAAAAGCAUCAGCACUUGUAUAACCCGGUUAACUAAGCAAGCAAGCAGUUCAAUAUACACUCCCUAGCAUAUGUACACUAUAUAUAUUUCAUAUUGUAUUAUCCCAUUUUUGUAUAUGUACAAGUAUGAUUGUUUUUGCAUAUUCCUUACUUUGUUAAGCAAGUUAUCUAUAAGCUAUUCUUUUAUUGUACACUAUACUUGAUAUUGUAUUUUAGUGUUACGUAAUCUUUUUGUUACUUGACAAUAACACUUUAUCUCUUCAUUUCCCAAAAUGUAUGGAAGCAUUUAUGUAUUUAUAUAUCUGUUGUUUCGUUGAAUGCUCUAUUCUGAAUGAUAGUUUUUAAGGAGGAUACAUAAUCAAGUGUGUAAAUCGUCACCUGUUCCUCUUCUACUCUAAGGUAUCCAUAAUCUGUUUUGCAUAUAAAUAUCUUAGUUGAGGACUUCUCAUAAUAUUUUCAAGUCAGAGUCUGUGUAAAGCUAUAAUUAAAACAAAUACAAAUCAACCUU